UGGAAACCAAGUUUCCAAUAUGUCAAUAUUUUUGCUCACCCCUUGUCUCGAACAAUGCCAAGAUUGUUAACUACACAAAUCGCGAAAAAAAUAGUUUAUGCAAACCCACGUCCUUUCUUGCAAGACUUUUCUAUGUUGUAUUUGUUGUGUAAUGUUAUUUUAAACAAAAUAACUAAAAAAAGAAAAUUCUAAAAUCCACUCCAUUAUCUUACAAUUUCAACUCCUCCAACUUAAUUACCCAAUCAAAUCAUUCCCCUCUUUUCUUCUUCAUCUUCAUCAAUUUCUUCCUAAAACAAUCCCUAAUUUCAACUUUCUCUCUCCUCAAUCCAGGUUAUCAAUGGCUUCUCCCUCUCAAUUUCCCUGAAUUAUCUCACGAAAACCCUAAUUUAUCAAUCGACGACUUCAAUUUCACCUCUAAUUUCUCAAUUUCUUGCACCGCCAUGUCCGCCACCGAUGUCGAUACGACGGCGCCGUUACUCGCACCUCUUUCACCGCCUUCCGGCGACCGAUCGUUGCAGUCGCGAAGCCGGAGGAUUUCCAGUAGAGCUGGGCUACGUGGCGCCGCGAGGUUUCUCCGGCGAGCGAAUAGCCGGAGAAUGAUAUCGGAGCAAUCGGUUAUGGUGAGAGAAUCGGCAGCGCAGCAAAUCGAAGAGCGUCAAAGUGAUUGGGCUUACUCUACUCCAAUUGUUGUUCUCGACCUUCUUUGGAACACGAUAUUUGUGUUUGUUGCCAUUGUUAUUAUGAUCUUAAGCGGCGAUGAGAAAACGCAGGUUCCGUUGAGGUUGUGGCUUGUCGGAUAUGGUUUUCAGUGUAUUUUGCAUAUGGUUUGUGUUUGUGUUGAAUACAGGAGGAGGAGAGAGAUUAGCAGGCCUAGGUAUGGGUCUUCGGGUGGGUGGAACGUUGGUGUCGGGCCGAGUUCUGGUUCCAGUUUGGCUUUGAAUUUGAAUUCGGGUUCAAAUCGAUCGAGUAAUGUAAAUUCAGCACAUUCGAGGUCAAAUUCGAGUUCUUCAGCGAGUUUAGAGGGAGAUUCCAUGGAGUUUUAUGAUGAGCAUCAACAGGAUGAGGAUAACACCAGCGUUGCAAAGCAUCUGGAGUCAGCAAAUACAAUGUUCUCAUUUAUUUGGUGGAUCAUUGGAUUCUAUUGGGUGUCUUCUGGUGGACCAAGUUUAGCAGAUGAUGCGCCUAAGCUUUACUGGCUCACGAUAACAUUUCUGGCAUUUGAUGUGUUCUUUGUUGUUAUCUGCGUGGUGGUGGCUUGCAUUAUAGGCAUAGCUGUCUGCUGUUGUCUUCCAUGUAUCAUUGCAAUUUUAUAUGCUGUGGCUGAUCAGGAAGGAGCUACUAAUGAGGAUAUUGACCGGUUGCCAAAGUUCAAGUUCAGGAGACUUGGCCAAAUUGAAAAAAAGAGCGGUGAAAUUCAAGAAUCUCUUGGUGGAAUUAUGACCCAGUGCGGCACUGACCCACUUAUUGAGCAUGCUCUUCCAGAAGAAGAUGCUGAGUGUGUGAUAUGCCUUACAUCAUAUGAGGAUGGGAGUGAAUUACGUGAACUUCCAUGUCGUCACCAUUUUCACUGUACUUGCAUAGACAAAUGGUUACACAUCAACGCUACCUGCCCCCUUUGCAAAUACAACAUACUCAAGAAUGGCUGCCAAAGCAGUGAAGAAGUGUAGAUAGGUCACCUUCUCGUGACUUCACAGCAAGUAGCUUAACGCUUUGUUUCACUCCGUCUGUGUGCAUCGUACAUAUUGGGUCCUGUAGCCGACCAAGAAUUAUCUUGCUCGAGCUGCCCCACUGCAAAUUGCUUUCAACCUUUUCACUAAGGAUAUUUAUAGUGCUUGUAAAUUUUUUUAUUUUGCUGAUGAGAGAUGUACAUGGUUUUGUAAGUUAUUGUCCUUGUGUAGGUGGAAAUUUAUUCGCUCGUAAUAUUAUCAGGAUAUCUAAUCGUGUUGAAACAAGGAUUAACAUUUCAUCUCCGUUUCCAUCAA